CUCCCACUGGAGGAGUUAACAGAUAUACCUACUAAUCAAUCUACUAUGCUCUCUGUCCGUCUCUCUUCCUUUCUCUCUCUCACUCUUACACUCUUUCUCUCUCUCUCUCUCUCUCUCUCCGUCCUCUCUUUCAAGUAUAACUCCUGGCGGUUGGUUGUGACAUGGCCCUGGAGAAGCUGCUAGGCUUUGGGAAGCAGCUGUUGCGUGUCAAGGUUGUGGACUGUAACAGUGAAGAUUCCUGUCUGUCCCGAUGUCUCAACACCUUCGACCUGGUGGCUUUGGGGGUGGGCAGUACUCUGGGUGCUGGGGUCUACAUCCUGGCUGGGGCCGUGGCCAGAGAGAAUGCAGGUCCUGCCAUUGUCCUAUCCUUCUUCAUCGCAGCGCUGGCCUCUGUGAUGGCUGGUCUGUGUUAUGCUGAGUUUGGGGCUCGCGUCCCCAAGACGGGCUCAGCCUACCUGUACAGCUACGUCACAGUGGGAGAACUCUGGGCCUUCAUCACGGGAUGGAACCUCAUCCUCUCUUACGUUAUCGGUACCUCCAGUGUAGCACGAGCAUGGAGCGCUACGUUUGAUGAGUUGACAGGGAAACAUAUAGAGGCGUUCUGCAGACAGUACAUGACCAUGAAAGCACCUGGGAUACUGGCAGAGUACCCUGACAUGUUCGCUGUGCUCAUCAUCAUCACCCUCACAGGUCUGUUGUCGUUUGGAGUGAAGGAGUCAGCUGUUGUCAACAAGGUGUUUACAAGCAUCAACGUCCUGGUGUUGUUAUUUAUGGUGGUCUCAGGACUGGUCAAAGGAACCCUGAAGAACUGGCACCUGGACCCUGAUGUCAUCUUACACAACAACUCCAGCCAAAACAUGACAGAGCCCUUGCUGUCGGCGGAGAGUCUAGGAGUGGGCGGGUUCAUGCCAUUUGGCUUCACCGGUGUCCUAUCAGGCGCUGCCACCUGUUUCUACGCCUUCGUGGGAUUCGACUGUAUCGCCACGACAGGUGAGGAGGUGAAGAACCCUCAGAAGGCCAUUCCCAUAGGCAUCGUGUCGUCUCUCCUCAUCUGCUUCGUGGCCUACUUCGGAGUGUCUGCUGCUCUCACCAUGAUGAUGCCCUACUACCUCCUAGACAACAACAGUCCUCUGCCCGCAGCCUUUAAAUAUGUAGGCUGGGAGGGAGCCACUUACGCUGUGGCUGUAGGGUCACUGUGUGCUCUGUCCACCAGUCUCCUGGGCUCGAUGUUCCCUCUCCCUCGUAUAAUAUUUGCCAUGUCUCGCGACGGCCUCCUCUUCUCCUUCUUGGCCCGCAUCAGUGAGAGGAAGACACCCAUCAUGUCCACCAUGGCUGCUGGAGUCAUGUCUGCUAUCAUGGCCUUUCUGUUUGACCUGAAGGACCUGGUAGAUCUGAUGUCUAUUGGUACUCUACUGGCCUACACCCUGGUGGCAGCCUGCGUUCUGGUACUCAGGUACCAACCAGAGCAUCCCAGCUCCUUGGCCUAUCAGAUGGCCAGUACCGUGGAGGAGAUGGAGCUUAGUGAUGGUAUCUCCGCCCCCAGUAUGGGCAUCCUGCCUGGUGUGAAGGAGCACUUCAGCCUGAAGACUGUCCUGUUCCCUGACAACUCUGAACCCUCAGCCCUGUCCGGCUUCACUGUCAACAUCACUGUCAGCCUCAUGGGCCUUCUGAUCCUGGUGUUCAGUAUACUUGCAGUACAGGGUGGAUUUGCAGUGUGGAACAUCGUAGCUCUGACCGUCAUCUUCAUGGUGUGUGUUCUCCUCACCUUUAUAAUCUGGAGACAACCAGAGAGCAAGACCAAGCUGUCCUUUAAGGUGCCCCUGUUGCCGUUCAUCCCAGUGGUCAGCAUGUUUGUCAACGUCUACCUGAUGAUGCAACUGGACAGAGGCACGUGGAUACGCUUCGCUGUCUGGAUGGCUAUAGGGUUUGUGAUCUACUUUGGCUACGGGAUCCACCACAGUGCUGAGGCGGCUCUGGACCGCUCCUCUCCUGGGUCUGAUGUAGAGCUGAACGGCUACAUAGCCAGCCACUCACACAACAUGGAGCCCAUGUCUCCUGAGAAAGAGGCGUUUCUAGAUAAUGGUCUGGAGGCCCGGGGAGAGGAGGACCGUGACCUGUAGAGUGCUAGGACCCAGCUGACAACUGCCACAGCCUGCCCUGACCACCCUACAUGCCACACCUUAUCACGCCCCUUUGGAACUUUUGUCUGUCUGGAACCUUUAUCAAACAGGAUGGAACCCUCUUGGAAUGAACCGUCUCAUUUUGGGAUGUACCAUGCCGUUUUUUAACAGAGUCCUGGAUUUAGACUUUGGUCUAACAUCUCACAGUGGCGUAUGCACAUGUAGCUUCUCGCAGGUGUUUCUGGGUUGGGGAAAUACAAUUCUAAUGCAGAAAAUAAAGGAGUAGAGAGAGAAAAAGAAGGAAGAGAGGAUAGACUGCUGUUUGCUCCUGAGGGUGUAUUGUGAGCUCACAGGGGGUUUCCUACUACAGACAGGAGAACCAUGUCAACCCAGGGAAACCUAGAGAAACUGAGCAGACAUCUUGGAUCUUGUCCUCCUCCAUUUUAGGGAGAGUGUGGGUUGAUGUGGUGGGAGUGGGGUAAUGUUGCUGUUGAGGGUUUGAUUUGACCCACUGGUUGAAUCGACGUUGUUUCCAAAUCAUUUUAAGUUACGUUGAACUAACGCUGAAUAGACGUUGAAUUGACGUCUGUGUGCAGUGAGGAUACUCAACUAGCUGGGCACACGGUUCUCUCACAGCUCAGGAAGGACUAUCUGUUGGUUAACAUCCUAAUGGAUUAGUUAGGGUUAAGGUUGUGCAUUAGGGUUGUGAAUUAAGGCUGUCACUCCAGAGAUGUCAGAAAACAUCACCGGGUCACUCGGAUGACUUUUGUAACUGCUAGCGAUGGAAACUCUGUCGGGUAAUCUUCAAGAUAAUCAUACUGUUUGAUGAGGCAAUACUCUCAACAUUUUCAGCUGAUUGUCAACCUGUCUAGAAGGGUAAACACCAGACAUGGUGUUAAAUAAUUCAUAACUAGUAUAAUAAUAAUAAUUAAUAACUAACUGCUAAUAUAGUCUACCUUUAGAUCUGCUAAAACCAUGGAUGAGCGUAUAUAUGUGUGUUUCCUCUGAAACAGUGUAUUUUCUAGUCUCAACUGUUACAACCUCCCCUAGCAGGCUACCUUGUCGUAAACGUCCGUUAUCUCCCUGUGAUGUAGUGGCUGUGGCUCACCACUAGAGGUCACGUCCGUUAUCUCCCUGUGAUGUAGUGGCUGUGGCUCACCACUAGAGGUCACGUCCGUUAUCUCCCUGUGAUGUAGUGUCUGUGGCUCACCACUAGAGGUCACGUCCGUUAUCUCCCUGUGAUGUAGUGGCUGUGGCUCACCACUAGAGGUCACGUCCGUUAUCUCCCUGUGAUGUAGUGUCUGUGGCUCACCACUAGAGGUCACGUCCGUUAUCUCCCUGUGAUGUAGUGGCUGUGGCUCACCACUAGAGGUCACGUCCGUUAUCUCCCUGUGAUGUAGUGUCUGUGGCUCACCACUAGAGGUCACGUCCGUUAUCUCCCUGUGAUGUAGUGGCUGUGGCUCACCACUAGAGGUCACGUCCGUUAUCUCCCUGUGAUGUAGUGUCUGUGGCUCACCACUAGAGGUCACGUCCGUUAUCUCCCUGUGAUGUAGUGGCUGUGGCUCACCACUAGAGGUCACGUCCGUUAUCUCCCUGUGAUGUAGUGGCUGUGGCUCACCACUAGAGGUCACGUCCGUUAUCUCCCUGUGAUGUAGUGUCUGUGGCUCACCACUAGAGGUCACGUCCGUUAUCUCCCUGUGAUGUAGUGUCUGUGGCUCACCACUAGAGGUCACGUCCGUUAUCUCCCUGUGAUGUAGUGUCUGUGGCUCACCACUAGAGGUCACGUCCGUUAUCUCCCUGUGAUGUAGUGUCUGUGGCUCACCACUAGAGGUCACGUCCGUUAUCUCCCUGUGAUGUAGUGGCUGUGGCUCACCACUAGAGGUCACGUCCGUUAUCUCCCUGUGAUGUAGUGGCUGUGGCUCACCACUAGAGGUCACUGUGUAUCACACAACGUCAGUAGACCUUUCACAUCAAAUAAUAUGCUGUUCAACACCUGUGCCGAACACAUAAGGACUUUACCGUGAAAUGAUUACUUACAAGCCCUUAACCGAUAGUGAAGUAUAGUCCACGAUCAGAUCCUUUAUCUUUCUCACAUUGAGGGAGAGGUUGUUGUCCUGGCACCACACUGCCAGCUCUUCAAGAAAGAGUUCAGGAAAUAUUUACUAAAUAUACUAACGUGAAAAAAUUCAAUAUCAAAAAGUAACACAAGAAAAUGACAAAACAUUAAUGAGGCGAUAUGCAGGUGAUACCGAGUCAAUUCGGGGGGAGUGUACUGGUACUGAGUCAAUGUGCGGAGGGCACAGGUUUCUCAAAGUAAUUUGUAAAGUGGCUAUGCAUAUAUAGGUAACAGCGAAUAGUAGCAGUGUAAAAACAGAGAGGGUGUCAAUGUAAAUGUCUGGUUGGCAAUUUGAUGCAGUCUUAUGGCUUGGGGGUAGAAGCUGUUAAUUACGGAGCCUUUCGGUCCAAGUCUUGGCGCUUCUGUACCGCUUGCAGUGUGGCAGCAGAGAGAAAAGUCCAUGAUUUGGGUGAAUGGCGUCUUCUACAAUGUUUGGAGCCUUCUUCUGACAACACCUAGUAUAGGUCCUGGAUGUCAGGAAGCUUUCGAGUGGCGCAGCUUUCGAGUGGCGUGCUUUCUAAGGCACUGCACCUCAGAGACAUCACUACAGUUCAAUUCCAGGCUGUAUCACAACCGGUCGUGAUUGGCAGUCCCAUAGGGAUGCGCACAAUUGGCCCAGCGUCAUCCGGGUUAGGGUUUGGCUACCAGUCAACCAGUCAGGAUGCUCUCGAUGGUGCGGCUGUAUAACUUUUUGAGGAUCUGGGGACCCUAAUUCAGUCUCCUGAGUAAAUAUGGUCACCAAGGAACUUGAAACUCUCUACCUCUCAUCCACUUCAGUUCAGUCGAUGUUAAUGGAGGCCUGUUCAGCCCUACUUUUCCUAUAGUCCACGAUCAGAUCCUUUAUCUUUCUCACAUUGAGGGAGAGGUUGUUGUCCUGGCACCACACUGCCAGCUCUCUGACCUCCUCCCUACAGGCUGUCUCAAUAUCGUCGGUGAUCAGGUCUACCACCUUUUGUUGCAAACUGAGUAAUGAUGUUGGUUGUGGUGAACAUAAAAGAGCAUAAAAGAGCAUUAAAUGCAUUUAGCUCCUCUGGUAGGCUCGCAUCUGGCCCCGCGGCCUUGAGUCUUCUUGGGUAUGACGCUACAAGCUCGGCACACCUGUAUUUGGGUUGUUUCUCCCAUUCUUGUCUGCAGAUCCUCUCAAACUCUGUCAGGUUGGAUGGGGAGCAUCGCAGCGCAGCUAUUUUCAGAUCUCUCCAUAUAUGUUAGAGUGGGUUCAAGUCCGGGCUCUGGCCGGGCCACUCAAGGAUAUUCAGAGACUUGUCCCGAAGCCUCUCCUGUGUUGUCUUGGCUGUGUGCUUAGGGUUGUUGUCCUGUUGGAAGGUGAACCUUCAUCCCAGUCCGAGGUCCUGAGCACUCUGGAGCAGGUUUCAUCAAGUAUCUCUUUGUACUUUGCUCAGUUCAUCUUUCCCUUGAUCCUGACUAGUCUCCCAGACCCUGUCGCUGAAAAACAUCCCCAGAGCAUGAUGCUGCCACGACCAUGCUUCACCAUAGGGAUGGUGCCAGGUUUCAUCCAGACGUGACACUUGGCAUUCAGGCCAAAGAGUUCAACCUGGGUUUCAUCAAACCAGAUCAGACUCUCAUGGUCUGAGAGUCUUUAGGUGCCUUUUGAAAGCAAGCUGAAAGAAAGCUGUCAUGUGUCUUUUACGUAACAAAAUGUGGAAAAAGUGAAUACUUUGCGAAAGUUUGUGGAUACCCCUUCAAAUGAUUCAGCUAUUUCAGGCACACCCAUUGCUGAGAGGUGUUUACAAUUGAGCAGCCAUGCAAUGUCCGUAGACAAACAAUAUCAGUACAAUGGCCUUACUGAAGAGCUCACUGGCCUUCAAUGUGUCACUGUCAUAGGAUGCCACCUUUCCAAUAAGUCAGUUCAUCAAAUUUCCUCCCUGGCAGAGCUGCCCCGGUCAACUGUAAGUGCUGUUAUGUGGAAAUGUCUAAGAGCAACAACUUCUCAGCCAGUAAAAUAGUCUUAGUUGCAACAAUCACUACCGAGUUCCAAACUGCCUGUGGAAGCAACGUCAUCACAGGAACUGUUUAUUGGGAGCUUCAUGAAAUGGGUUUCCGUGGCCGAGCUGCCGCACACAAGCCUAAGAUCACCGCCAUUGGACUCUGGAGCAGUGGAAAAGUGUUCUCCGCAGACGAAUCUGGGUUUGGUGGAUGCCAUGAGAUUGAUACCUGCCUGAAAGCAUAGUGCCAACUGUAAAGUUUGGUGGAGGACGAAUAAUGGUCUGGGGUUGUUUUUCAUGGUUCGGGCCCUUUUGUUCCAGUGAAGGGAAAUCUUAACGAUGCAGCAUUGAAUGACAUUCUAGAUGAUUCUGUGCUUCCAACUUUGUGGCAACAGUUUGGGGAAGGCCCUUUUCUGUUUCAGCAUGACAAUGCCCCCGUGCGAGGUCCAUACAGAUGGAUGCUGCACAACGCGAGAUCCAGUUAGAGUCAACUCCAAUUCAAUGGCCGUGAUUUUGGAAGUUCGACGGACAGAUGUCCACAUACUUAAAUCAAUCUGUUAUUAAUUUAGAUAUAGGGAAUAUAGGGAAUGGAUAAAUGUUUUUAAAUGUUUUCUAGAGGCGAGAAUAUGAAUUAGCAGAGAUACUUUAUGUAUACCUGUUGUAAUGUGCUCAAUGCAUUUUCUGCAUGUAACAUAUUGUAUAUAUUUCUUGCAGUAAAUUAUUUGUAAAUUACCAAAAAUGUGCUUUUAAAUGUGUUUUUUUGCUAAAGUGCGGGUUUGUGUGUCCGAUCCUGCUACACUGAAUGUUUUAAAUGUUUUUUCACAUAGUUUAUGUGUCUGAAUGUUUUGGGCGUAGAGUGAAUGUGAAUGUAUUUGACAUACCAUAAAACUUCAAUUAAACGCUGUCUCAGAAAGCUGACUGUCCCUUUUAAUAGCCGGUCAAAGACACACAUUUCAGCAAAUGAACACCUGUUUCAAAUAAAUUAAUUGUUUACGAGG